AACAGACUUUCUUUUAAGGAUGUACCAAUAUCAUCACAAAUGAAACCUUUCUACGUUUCCAUAACAGUACAGUAACUGGAAAUUUCAGUCAGGAGAUAUUUUCCUGCCUUUUUCAGUGCUCAGGAUGGAUAUUUUUGAGAUGCAUCCAAGCAGUGUGUGGAGUCCUUUGAUUUGUGUUUGAGGUGUGAACAACCCCUGAAAGAUCUGCUAAAAGGAUAAGGAGGAACCUCUAUGGGUAACCCUUGGCUGGAAACAAUUACUGGUCAACCAUGGUAAAACUUGCCAACCCUCUUUAUACGGAGUGGAUUCUUGAAGCUAUACAAAAAGUUAAAAAGCAAAAGCAAAGGCCUUCUGAAGAGAGAAUAUGUCAUGCUGUUUGUGCUUCCCAUGGAUUAGAUAAGAAGACAGUUUCGGAGCAGUUGGAACUUAGCGUUCAAGAUGGUUCUAUUCUUAAAGUUACCAACAAAGGCCUUGCAUCCUACAAGGACCCUGAUAAUCCUGGACGGUUUUCAUCUGUUAAACCUGGCACUAUUCCUAAAGCUGUUAAGGGAUCUAGAGGAGCUUGUACUGAGCUUCGUAAUGUGGAUUGGAAUAAACUUUUGAGAAGAGCAAUUGAAGGACUUCAAGAACCAAGUGGCUCCUCCCUGAAAAACAUAGAGAAGUAUUUGAGAAGUCAAAAUGACUUAGCGAGUGUUUUCAACAAUCCUGCCUUUCAGCAGAGGUUGCGUUUGGGGGCCAAACGUGCUGUGAACAAUGGGAGGUUACUGAAGGAUGGACCUCAGUACAAAGUGAAUUAUGGCAGUUUGGAAAGCAAAGGAGCUCCAAAAUACACCACCACUUUCCCAGCUUCUCUUCCACCUGUCAGCCUUCUACCCCAUGAAAAAGACCAGCCACGAGCUGAUCCCAUCCCGAUAUGUAGCUUUUGUUUGGGAACGAAAGAGUCAAAUCGUGAAAAAAAACCAGAAGAGCUGUUGUCUUGUGCAGACUGUGGCAGCAGUGGACAUCCAUCAUGUUUGAAAUUUUGUCCUGAGUUAACAACAAAUGUGAAGGCCUUAAGAUGGCAGUGUAUUGAGUGCAAGACAUGCAGUGCAUGUAGGAUCCAAGGCAAAAAUGCAGAUAACAUGCUUUUUUGCGACUCCUGUGAUAGAGGGUUCCACAUGGAGUGCUGUGACCCACCACUUUCCCGAAUGCCAAAAGGGAUGUGGAUUUGCCAGGUCUGUAGACCAAAGAAGAAAGGGAGAAAGCUACUUCAUGAGAAAGCUGCCCAAAUAAGACGACGAUAUGCAAAACCUAUUGGACGACCGAAAAAUAAACUAAAGCAACGAAUGUUGUCUGUAACCAGUGAUGAAGGAUCCGUGAAUGCAUUCACAGGAAGGGGGUCACCUGGUAGGGGUCAAAAGACUAAAGUCUGUACCACACCUUCAUCUGGUCAUGCUGCAUCUGUGAAGGAUUCAAGCAGCAGAUUGCCUGUUACAGACCCCACUCGGCCUGGUGCCACCACCAAAAUCACCACCACCUCCACCUACAUACCUGCCUCUACACUUAAAGUUAACAAGAAAACCAAAGGGCUCAUUGAUGGCCUUACUAAGUUCUUUACCCCAUCACCUGAUGGUCGCAGAUCACGAGGUGAAAUAAUAGACUUUUCAAAGCACUAUCGUCCAAGGAAAAAGGUCUCUCAGAAACAGUCAUGCACUUCUCUUGUGUUGGCUACAGAUACUGAAAUCAAACUAAGCAUCAAACAAGAAAAUACCGAUGUGUAUCUGGUGGGAAGCAAGGACAGUGUUACACAAGAGGAUUUGGAAGUAUUUAAGCAGGCUCGAGAACUUUCCCUUGAGAAAAUUGGGUGUAAAAACACUGGUGAAACAAGUGGGCGAUACCCUUCAGUGAUUGAGUUUGGAAAAUACGAGAUCCAGACCUGGUACUCUUCACCUUACCCACAGGAAUAUGCAAGAUUACCAAAGCUUUACCUGUGUGAAUUCUGUCUUAAAUACAUGAAAAGUAAAAACAUUUUGUUAAGGCACUCAAAGAAAUGUGGCUGGUUUCAUCCCCCCACCAAUGAAAUCUACAGAAGAAAUGACCUUUCAGUAUUUGAGGUGGGUAUAUAAAAAAGAAAUCUAAAUU